AGCGACAACCGGUCAAUUGAAUCCAUUAAUAGUUUGGAUCGGACCAACUUAAGGAUCACUAAUUUGGCGUCUGUCCCCUCUCCGGAUACCGCAUUCAUCCAUUUAAGUAAACCGCCCACCGCAAGGAAACGUUCAACGCGUUUUCUCUCCUCCGCUCCGUUCAUCUCCUGGCACUUCUCUUGAACCCGUCUUCUCCUUUUCUCUUCGUUCAUCUCCCCUUUCUUUUUCCUCAUCCUUUGCCAGGGUUUAGAAUUCUAACAUCCGAUCUGGUUGCUUGGAGUCGAAGAUGUUGGACCAGCUGCUGAUCUUUACGCGGGGUGGGCUGAUCCUGUGGGAGCUCGGCAGCUCGCUCAAGGGAUCCCCGAUCGACGCGCUCAUCCGCUCCUGCCUCCUCGAGGAGCGCUCCGCAGACGCGGCCUUCCACUACGACGCUCCCGGCGCCGCCGGCGGAGCCGCCUACACCCUCAAGUGGGUCUUCGACAACGACCUCGGCCUCGUCUUCGUCGCCGUCUACCAGCGCAUCUUUCAUCUCCUCUACGUAGACGAUCUCCUCGCGGCCGUCCGCCGCGAGUUCUCCCGGAUCCACGACCCCAGUCGCACGUCGUACGAUGAUUUCAACGAGACCUUCCGCCAGCUCCAGAAGGAGGCCGAGGCGCGGGCGGAGGAGAUGCGCAAGUCCAAGCAGGCUGCCCGCGUCCCCACGGCGCCCAAGAAGCAAACCAGCGGUUCCGGGAAGCAACGAAAUAGCGGUAGCAGUGGCAACACCAGCGGUUCUGGGAAAGACGAGUCAGAUGGCGAUUCAGGAAAGGGCCGUUGGUUAGCGAAUGGUAGUUCAAAUGGGCAAGGGAAUGAAAGUAAAGACAAUUCUCGUGCCCCGAGUGGUUUUCUGAAGGGAAAAGAGACCGGAGCGCGUGAAGUUGGGGCAUUCGAUGUAAACAAGUUACAGAAGUUGCGGUCCAAAGGUGGGAAGAAGACGGACGCUGGUGGCGUUGGGAGCAAGGCCACCAAGGCGGAGCCAAAGAAGAAUGUGAAGAAGAACAGGGUUUGGGAUGAUUCACCUUCUGAGUCGAGAUUGGAUUUUACGAAUCCAGUGGAUGAGAGAGGGGAAGAGCCUCUGGAGGUUGUGGAGGCAGAUCGAGGAGAGAGCAUGAUGGAUAAGGAGGAAAUUGUGAGCAGCGAAAGUGAGAGUGAGGAAGAUGAGGAAGUGGAGAAUGAAAAACCUUGCACGAAGAAGAAGGGGUGGUUCUCGUCUAUGUUCCAAAGUAUUGCAGGUAAUGCUGUGUUAGAGAAGUCUGACUUGAAACCAGCCUUGAAAGCUCUCAAGGAUAGGUUGAUGACUAAAAAUGUGGCUGAGGAAAUAGCUGAAAAGCUUUGUGAAUCAGUAGCAGCUAGUCUUGAGGGGAAAAAACUGGGCUCCUUUACGAGAGUUUCUUCAACAGUUCAGACAGCCAUGGAAGAGGCACUUCUUCGUAUUUUAACACCAAAGAGAUCCAUUGACAUUUUGCGAGAUGUCCAUGUCGCUAAGGAGCAUGGAAGACCUUAUGUUGUUGUUUUUGUUGGUGUCAAUGGAGUUGGAAAAUCUACCAACCUUGCCAAGGUUGCAUACUGGCUUUUGCAACAUGAAGUUAGUGUCAUGCUGGCCGCAUGUGAUACAUUCAGGUCUGGUGCUGUUGAACAGCUUCGGACUCAUGCACGCAGACUCCAGAUACCUAUCUUCGAGAAAGGCUACGAAAAGGAUCCCGCAAUUGUAGCGAAAGAAGCUAUCCAGGAGGCUAAAUCCAAUAAUUCAGAUGUUGUCCUUGUCGACACAGCUGGCCGUAUGCAGGAUAAUGAGCCACUGAUGAGAGCACUCUCCAAGCUCAUCAACCUCAACAACCCAGAUCUGGUACUUUUUGUUGGAGAGGCUUUGGUUGGAAAUGAUGCUGUGGAUCAAUUAACCAAGUUCAACCAGAAAUUAGCAGACCUGUCCACGAUUUCGAAUGCCAGGUUGAUCGAUGGCAUCCUGCUCACCAAGUUCGACACGAUUGAUGAUAAGGUUGGAGCAGCUCUUUCCAUGGUCUAUGUUUCAGGAGCUCCAGUGAUGUUUGUUGGUUGCGGUCAGUCCUACACCGACCUUAAGAAGCUCAACGUGAAGUCCAUUGUCAAAACUCUUCUGAAGUGAGCAUAGUACCGCUGUCCGAACUUUUAGUCCCCCAUGACCUCAUUCUCUUGACGUCUUAAGCAAAUGAAUCAUACUGGCUCUGCUGUAGAUUCUUUCAAGCGAAGAUGUCUAUUCUUUAACAAGAAUUGCUUUCUUGUUAUAAUUUUAGAAACUCUUAAUCACAUUUUGAUAGUAGCAUUAUCUCGAAUACCAGCCCCAAUCUGUAUUUACCAAUCCGAGAAAGGAUUGGUAUCGGACUCUACGAUUCGGUCAGUAUUUAAUUUUAAUUUUAAUUUUUCAGCUGAUACAGGUUUGAUUAACUAUCAAAUGUAUUAGUCCGAUGAAGUAUUGAAAUCGGUACCAAAUUGAGAUUUAAAA